GAGAGAGAAAGGGAAGGAAAGUUUUCUGGGACGGAAGAAAGUUUGCAAGAAAGUUGAGCGCGGCGCCUCGGCGCGGGAGGGGAUCGAGCUGGGGCCGCAGGAAGAUCGACCCCACAAGCUGCCAGCUCCUGGGAUCAGCUCCCCCACGUGAUGUCUGGCCCCACCUGGCUUCCCCCGAAACAGGUGGGGGUCCCGGGGCAGGCUGGGGUCACGGUUUCUGCUCCGGCCUCCUUCAAGCCCCAGAAGAGUUUUGCUUCUUCUCCAGGUGCCCCCCAACCCAACUAUGGGUCUCAGGAGGCCAACGGGACGAUGAGCGUGACGGGGCUGCCCCCGCAGUACCUACCCCCCGUGCCAGGCCCUCCGCCCCAUAUUCACGACCCCACCGCUGACCAUCAUUACUCGUCCGCGGACGAGAGAGGAUCCGGGGGUUCCUGGGGCAGCGUUUCUCCUCCUGGAUAUCCCCUGCAGCAGGGGGCGUCUCUUGACCAAGGUCCCCCCCGCCCCUCCAGCAUCGACAUCCAGAUAGACUCCCUCACCAGCAUGCUGGCCGAUUUGGAGAGCGCCCGGCAGCGCCGCGGCGAGAGGCAGAACUUGGAGCCCGCUCCCUACUCCCACAGCCUCCCUCAGGCUGGCAUUGCCAAACCUGCCUCUGCCUACAAACCGGGCCCUUCCGGAACCUUCUCCGCCAAGCCUCCGGGGUUCGACGCCUACGCCAAGAGCGCCCCUUACGGCGGGUAGCCAGCCCCUGCCCAGUAUGGCAGUGCCCCUGUUCCCGGAGACCCCUACGCUGCCAGCUACCACCGGCCGGGCACGGCCGCCAAACCGUACCCCCAGCCGAUGCCCGCCUCGUACGCCACGGCUUCCUCGUCCGCCGGCCCGCCCUUCAACGUCCAAGUCAAGGUGGCGCAGCCUGUCGCCGGCUACAACCAGCCCCGGCGCCGGGCAGAGCAAGCAUACGGCCCGCCGUCCCCCCGGCUGGGCUACCGGGCGAAGCCGCCCCCUCAGUACGCCUCGGAGGUGGGCGGCCGGCCCCGGGUCCACGACGCCGAGCCCUGGUACCCGGAGCCGCCGUCGUACGGCCGGCGGAUGGCCGAAGGGGAGUUCUACCCGGGGCCCGGCAAGGUGGGGGCGCCGGUGGGGCAGUACCACCCCGGGUUGGCGAAACCGGGGAAGGAGGAGAUGGCGGUCGCCUCACAGGUGCCGGCGGCGGGAGGAGGACUGAGGUUUCAGCACCAGGUCCCCCCCAGCCGGCCAGAAGAGGAGCUGGACCGGCUGACAAAGAAGCUGGUGUACGACAUGAACAACCCUCCGUCGGGCGAGUAUUUCGGCCGCUGCGCCCGCUGCGGGGAGAACGUGGUUGGCGACGGCACGGGCUGCGUGGCCAUGGACCAGGUCUUCCACGUGGAGUGCUUCACCUGUGCCACCUGCCGCUGCCGCCUGCGUGGGCAGCCGUUUUACGCCAUCGACCGGCGCUCCUUCUGCGAAUCCUGCUACAUUGUGACCUUGGAAAAAUGUUCUAUGUGCUCCAAACCCAUCAUGGACCGGAUCCUGCGGGCGAUGGGGAAAGCCUACCACCCACAGUGCUUCACCUGCGUGGUUUGCCAUCGCUGCCUUGAUGGCGUCCCGUUCACAGUCGAUGCCACCAGCCAAAUCCACUGCAUUGAAGACUUCCACCGGAAGUUCGCCCCCCGGUGCUCUGUUUGUGGUAAUGCCAUCAUGCCGGAGCCUGGGAAGGAGGAGACCGUGCGGAUCGUUGCCCUGGACCGCAGUUUUCACAUAGGCUGCUACAAAUGCGAGGAGUGUGGGCUGCUCCUCUCCUCCGAGGGCGAAGGCCGAGGCUGCUACCCGCUGGACGGCCACAUCCUUUGCAAGAGCUGCAGCGCUCGGCGGAUCCAGGAGCUCUCCUCCAAGAUCACCACGGACUGCUGAUGGCUUCUGCCUCCCCCCGUCUCCUUGUUGGUUUUCUCUAUGGGUUUCCGCCUCCUCAACCGCACCACAUUUUGCACCCCACUUCCUGCUGCCUUU